UAGUAGUAGUAGUACAUGUAGUAGUACUAGUAGUAGUAGGGUGAGUUAUUUGGGUUCCUGUUAGUCCGCUGUAGCUGCUGCAGUCAACCUCGGAGUUAGGAACUCGUUUCGUUGCACCCUAUAUCAGUAUAUGGCCUAGCUCAGUAACAUCUAGAAACAGAAAUAGUUGUACAGUAUAGAAGCUCAGCGGCUGAGCCACUGUUUGAAAACGUUGAAGGCGUGCUCUGUAGCUAACGUUCCUUGCGCAGACACCAUCGCUCACCAAUAUUUCAUUCAGCAAUUCGUCCCAUGCCCACCGUCCGAGUCAGUUGGGUGGAAACUGUAGCUAGCGCACCCUUCACUUCAGCUGAUCACCGCGCGCGGCUUAGCGAAAGCUGACUGAUUUCGCCCCUCUGCCAGCCUCAGUAGCACGAUACUAAUUUCAGUGCGACGGCCGGCCGUGUGCAAGUAUUGCUGGUACUAUGGUCUGACGUUACUGUCAACAUUGCUAGCCAAGAACUGACGUGCAGUGAAUGAAGCCUGAUUGUCAAUUCUUACACCACAACAAACGUGUGCACCUUACACACUGUACCGGCAGAUGUAAAGGUUGCGACAGCGUAGCAAGCAAAGGAACUGAUCACUGCAGUGAAUGAGGCAUUGUCAACUCUUGUAUGUUGGAGUGACCUGGAUCACUAGCCAAGCUGAGUUUCUUGUAAUCACAUAAUCCAGCUGUUCAACGCCUAGCAGCUGCUUUCAUCUCCAUAGCGAAAACUACACAGACCAUGAUUGCAGUGAAGAGUGUAUGAACCGUGCUACAAUAACCAGUUUAUCAUCGUCCUGAAAGUACUUCAAAAUGUCUAACAAUGAACCAUUUGAUGAUCCCAAGUUCAUUUCCAAUAUCUUACCCUGGAUUUAUAAGUUGGAUACAACGAGGUUUCGACAUGCUAUGCAGGACAAAUGCGUGUUCAUAAGUACAACAGAAAUUGAGACCUUGCUGCGUCUGGAGAAAUACGAAGGAAAGGAAGUGCAUAAUUCUCACAUCAUCAAUCUUAUGAGUCCUGGAGGCACAGGUGCUUAUAAACUACUCUGCAAUGCAAUCCAUGACUUGGGUCCAUUGUACAAUGAAAAGUACCAAGAAAUGCUUCUCCUGUUGCCUGUUGACCAGCGACCAACGGCCAAGACAUCCUCUCACGAGACAGUUGAUGUUGCUACUAUGCGUGCAGGCAGCAACACAGCUAACGAUGGCACAGUGACAUGUAAUAUACUGUUAGUGAAUGAUGAUGGAGCAGACAAUGGUGGGCACAUUCAACGUCUUAAACAACAUCUGCACAGAGUGAAUACACAUCUGUGCAAGACCACCGCUGAUCAUUCAGAUCUAACUUGCUUGUCCGGCGAUGUCAAGGAUUGCUUCGUGCCCAUGCAGGCUCUGACGGAGAAAGAUGCUCUGCAGCUGACGUAUCGUGCGCAACAAGCUGCAACUCGCUGUGUCACUGGAAGACAGCCAAUAUCUGACCGUACACCAGGCGUUGCUAUCCCAGGAGCUAGACAAGAUAAGAGUGACAAAGUGGAAGGAGGAAGGCAGUUUGUUCUGUCCAGCGCUAAGCAGCUCUUGUCUGAUCCCCAUUAUUAUGAAGGUGUAACUAGCGCUGGCAAAAGUGGUGUUGGUGUUGGUGGUGGUGAUGACACAGUUGACGAAGACAUUCUGGAAAGUUGCAUCGUAAUUGGGAACGCUGGGCAGGGAAAGACAACACUGAGCAAACGAGUCAUUGCCGACAUCAUGGAGACAAAGACUGGAAAUCUGGCAAAGAUUGAAUUCAUUUUCUACGUGCCAUGCCGUGAUUUGACACGUACACAGUCGCCUGAUUGGUUUGUAUUUCUUGGUUUGGACAAGUUGGGCAUCAGUAAACCGGAGCAAUCUACCUUGCUAAGGUACCUAACAGAGCAUUCUGACCAGGUAUUGAUCGUUAUUGAUGGCAUCGACGAACUUGGCAGUGGUGGGUUUGGCAAAGGAUCAGCAGCCCAAGCUGUAAUAUUGAGGAGCAGCAGCAGUGACCAUUCACUACUACCUGAUGCUAUUGUAGUCGCAACUAGCCGACCGUGUGAUGAAGCGUAUCACCAUAUCCAGAGCUUCCGCUUACGUUUCCGACUUCUCGGCUUCUCGACAGACCAGCUCUUUGCGUACUGCUCACGACAGCUCGCAGAGGAGGUUGCCAAGAAGUGUAUGACAGAGCUCUCACAGCCGCCCAACUGUCUGCUGAAGGAAGCCAUUCGACAAUCUCCACUCCUAUGUGCUCUGCUCGUUCAGCAAUAUCCCAUCAACAACUCGCUACCCUCCAGUGUGACACUUUUCUACGACCACUACUUACGCUCCUCAGUCGCAAAGCUGGAAAAGCGACGAGGAAAGUUUGGUCAAGUACGGCUUGCACAUGACGUCAUCAGUCACUGCAGUGGUGGCCGGCACUUCAGUUGUGGUGAUCUUGUCAGUAUCCCCGUGGUAAUAGAACAUCAUUUGGAGCGCUAUGUGAAGGAGACAAGCAACAAUGAUGAGGAGUGUGAUCACCAUGCUGUGGAGCUAGUCAAGGCAUUGCACAAUCUCUACACAAUGUGUCUUGCAACAUAUCAAAGGGGCAUGGCUACGUUUACAUCCACGCUGUCAACCCUCCACCAGUCCAUUUGUCAAGAUCUCGGCUUACUGCUCAACCCUGGUAUGCAUCCGUCGUUCGUCGGUUCCACUCAGACUGUGUCCUUGACUCACUUGACACUGCAAGAGUGGUGUGCAUCGAGAUGCAUCAUUUCUUCUGACUCGUGCGUAGACAUCAUCCGCAGCUGCACCAACACUGUCGGCACAGACUUGAACACACUUGUCUUCUGGCAGUUUGUCUUUGGAGCACUAAAGCCAGACAUUCUAUUUUCAUCAUUGUUGGCUCUACAGUCUGAAAACAGCAUCAGUGAUCAUACUGUCAGGAGCAAGAAGAAGAUGCUUCUGUUCAUGAUGAGAUGUUUGAUGGAAAACCGCAUUUCACUCCAACAUACCCACACUCAGGGAAAUCCCAAUCAGGACACUGACAUAAUCACCCGUAGCUGCUAUGCUAUGUCAGCCAACCUCCUGGCCAGUGACGGAAUUGAUGUUAGUGGAAUCCACCUUGAAGUUGUUGAUGUGAUGGCUUUACAUACUGUUUUGGAGCUUGUAGACCAUGUAAAGUCUCUGGAUCUCGGCACUUGUAAUCUGUCAAGUGACAGUGUCAUUUUGCUGUCUGAUCAACUGGAUAAAUGCGUCAAGGUGACUUUGCGUGGUGCCCAUCUCACUGCAGCACCAUUGGGAAGCAUAUCAAGCACACUGUCUAGAUCAACACGGCGUACCCUCCAGGUUCUUGAUAUUAGCGGCGCAAGUUUGACCAGUGGAUCUGCAGAUGGAGCAGCACUUGCUGGAUGUGUAAAACACCCAAGUCUAACGUACCUGGAUGCACACUAUACAUUACUUGGCAAUGAUGGUCUGGCAGCAUUUGUGAGCAACUUGGCUACGUGUAACAAUCUCACAGAUCUAGGACUGGGAAGGUGCAGUCUGGAUAGUGGAUGUGGAUCUGACCUGGCAACACUGGUCACAAAGUUACCACACCUUGAAGCUCUAUGGCUGGAUAACAACUCACUCUCCAACAGUGACGUGUCAUGUGUACUAUCCAGUCUCCAUUCUCAUGAUACCAUACAGCAUCUCUUCUUUACCAACAACAGACUGACUGAUGAGCUAGCCGCUAGUGUGGUUGACUUUCUGCAAGCUCGUCGCGGUCGUGAGCACACUGGGAGUGUCAGCACAACACUACCACCAUGCAGGGUUUAUCUGAACGGCACUGGUGUAACAAUCCGUCUUCUACAGGAAGUGGCUACGUCUAGUCAAUGUGGUGGUGACGUAAUCGACAUUGGCAGCCGCUAUGCUACUGGUACUUCAGUACAGACUCAGUCGAUUGAUUUUCUGGUCAGUGUACAUGGUGGUCACCUACAGGGUCAGGUUGAUGACUCCAUGAUGUCAUCACUUGGUCAGUACCUUGCAACCAACACUGACCUACACCUACUGGACAUAGCACUGUGUAACAUCACCGAUGCUGGAGCAACUGCUCUGGCAACAUCUGGCCUUGCUGACAACACAGUGCUGAAAUUCCUUGAUCUGCACAGGAAUAGGAUACAGCUAUCUGGUGUUGUGAGUAUACUACAAGCAGUGACAUCACCACAAUCACAUGUCAGUGCAUUGGAUCUGGAGCACAACCCAGUGUUUCAUGAUAUACAGCCCAGUCAUGCUGAUUUCAAACUGCUAUGCCAGCUUCUCUCUGGAUUCCACCGGCUGCGCUUCAUUUCAUUUGCCAGGACGGGCAUGAGUGAUGAAGUUGGUGCAAGUAUCCUACACUCUCUCCAUCACCAUGCGCGUAUUGAAUGGAUGGAUAUGGCAAACAAUGAGAUUGAUGAUGCCACAGUGCAUGCCCUGGUGGAUAUGAUGAGGAAGAACACAAGCUUGAGAUUGAUCAGCCUCGAGUACUGCAAGAUCACCGAUGAUAGCAUUCAAGCCAUGCUGCAGUCACCAGGCAUCAUGAGGAUGGAGGGUGUACACUUGUACGGGAACCCAUGCUCUAUGGACAAACUUCGACGGCCAUUGUACAAUUCCAUGCUACGGUAUAGCAAGUCUACUGUCCUGGAGUUCAUCUCGGAUUGAUUGCAGGAAGACGUUGCACAACAUCAGCAUAUUCCCAGGUAUGUGUUGUACAGUAGUAGAUGUACAGUGUUGAUGAGUGUAUGAAAUACGGGUACACCUGUUUGUUGAUGAAUAAUGAUGAUCAGACAGACACUACACUAGUCACCCUAGCCAGACUCUCCAUCUACAGAUGUGUGUACUUGACCAGUACCAUAAAGUCUGCAGCAAACUUUCCGGUCCACCUCAGCUGGUCUGUAUCAGGGAGCAGUAAAGCGCGAUGCACAAUAUCAAUUCUGCGAUGCGAUGAGCGUCGAGCGAAAGUCUUUUUUCGAAUCGCACGAAGAGUCUUCGAUGCACAAUGCACGGCACAUCGUUGCAGGGCAUGCACAGUCCAAACUGUACGCGAGCUGUCAUGUGCGCCCGCCGUGUAGAAAGUGAUGCGCAUCGCUCGUCGCUUGUCGCAGAAGUUGAACUAGGCUCAACUUUCCGCGAUGAGACCUGCGACGGAGGUGCGAUUCAAAAUUUUGCAGAAAAACAUUUCGAUCGCAUUGCUCGUCGCUCAUCGCGUCGCAUAAGUGAUAUUGUGCAUCGCGCUUUAGCCAGUUAGUUGUAGAAUGCCAGUAGCGUCGGUCAGUGUCGUGCAAUGUUAUCGCAUGAGCUGAUUGUUCAGUAACAUGUAGGCUUUGCACAGCAAAGUCUAGUUAGCCCUGGCACACGCGCAAUAUUGGCAUAUUGCUGUGAGUGUGUGUCACGUGACUAUCCCUGCACGAUUUACAAGCUGGCAAAAUUGUACAGACAUCCUGUUAGUGUUAUCGUGUCAUAUCGGAAGACGUGUCUUCUUCAAGCUCUUCAAUUGUCGGGAUGUGAAGGAGCGUUCCUUUGCACUUGAUUUCUUCAUGUGUCAAAAUGCAGUUUUAGCUUUUAACCCAGGCCCACGGGUACACACGCAAGUCAGGUCACACGCACACACACACACACGCACGCACGCACACACACACACACACACACACACACACACACACACGCACACACACACACACACACACACACACACGCACGCACGCACGCACACACACACACACACACACACGCACGCCCUUGGACCUUGGACGCGCUGCCAUAUUCUGGCUAUGCGGACGCACACACACACACACACACAUUCAUGUACAUAAACAUAAUAGCAGACACUCCGUCUGUGCGUACAACGACGUACUCGCGCACACACUCACAAGCAAUCAACACAUAGGUUUGGGGGUUGCCAUGACUUCAUUUUGAUUAAAUGUAUUAAAUAUAAUAGUAUGUGAUGAUAGACCAGUUCCAAGACAGCGACGAUAAUAUUUGCGUCAUAUCAUCACAUUCGGUCGUCAGUAAUUCGCACCGCCCACCGGCGGCAGACGCACGAAUGGCCCACCAUCAUAUUGUAUGUGUGUGGUGUGACGCCUCAUGCCAGGCAGUUGUGUGAGUUCUUGGCCACCGAGGGCUAGCCUGCAGCUGCCCACCGUGGGCCGGUGACAUGAGCGGCUGGGGAGGUCAACAGCCAAGCCACUGAGGGCUAAGUAAUCCUGCCUGCUGUGGACCGUUAGCAUACUGCCCACCGAGGGCGCACAAAUGGCAGACAUGGCCAGAAACAUGCCCGCUGCGGGCGUAUGAACGGCUGCCCAGGCCUACAGCUUAUCCAUCGAGGGUUAAAGCAUACUGCCCAACUGAGGGCGCGAGAGAAGCGUAUAGCCGGACCGAGGGCGCAUGAUUAUAGCCCGAUCGAGAGCGCAUGAUUAUAGCCCGACCGAGAGUGCAUGAUUAUAGCCCGACCGAGAGCGCAUGAUUAUAGCCCGACCGAGAGCACAUGAUUAUAGCCCGACCGAGAGCGCAUGAUUAUAGCCCGACCGAGGGCGCAUGAUUAUAGCCCGACCGAGAGCGCAUGAUUAUAGCCCAACCGAGGGCGCAUGAUUAUAGCCCGACCGAGAGCGCAUGAUUAUAGCCCGACCGAGGGCGCAUGAUUAUAGCCCGACCGAAGGCGCAUGAUCAUAGCACCACCGAGGGCGCAUGAUUAUAGCCCAACCGAGGGCGCACGAACGGCCGCCGAGGCCUGAAACCUGCCUACUGAAUGCUAAAGCAUACCACCCAACCGAGGGUGCACAACGGCCGUCAAGGUCAAUAGCCUGUCCCCGAGGGCUACAGCAAACUUCCCGCCAAGGGAUAAAGCGUAGUACCCACCGAGGGCCAAAGAAUGCUGCCCACCGUGGACCGAUUAUAUACUGCCCGCCGAGGGCUGAAUCAUACUGGCUAUUGAGCAAACGAACAGCCACCGAGGCCGACAACCUGCCCGCCAAGGGCAAAAGCAUACUGCCCGCUAGGGCCGACCUCAUACUGCCCAGCGAGGGCAAACGAACGACCACCGACGCCAAGAACUCACACAACUGCCUGGCAUGAGGCGUCACACCACACACAUACAAUAAUUA